AAGCUUCAGUUACAUCCAUAGGGUUACUAAAGAUUGGUUCGAUUCUUGAAGUCCUCUUCCCAUCGACCAAAAACCGUAGCAUUCUCGGUGUCAAAUUUUUGCGGCCCACCUAAACUCGUCUAGGAUUACUUUGACUUGUGACCAUUGUUGUUUAUGCUUGAGUGGUGCGCCAUCGCGAAGGAAAACGAUCGGAAUAUCGAAGCAAUCCGGAAGUUGUCGAUUAGUAGAUUAAGCGCGGAAGUAAGCACGGCCUACUAAGUCAGUAGCUGGCGCUGGAAGUUUGACUACUUGGUGUGUGUGUUUUUUAGCGUGCAAGGCUAUAAACAGACCUUGCUUGUUGUUGAUGCUGUGAUCUCGAAGUCCUUUUUCGUGAGUUCUGCUUCUCUAUUGGGAUUCAUUAGAGAUUAGAGCAGAGAGAAGAAAAAGAAGUUUUCCGAAGAAAAAUCAACACAUUUUCGCAGUUUCGGUUGCGAUAAUUCUUCCAGUGAAUUCUUUGAAAUACAAGAAAAUCAACUGAACAGGGAUUCGACAUUUUGGGUUUCGGAUAUCGGAAGUGAAAGUGGGGCUGGUAAAGAACAGAACAGGAAGCUGUGCCAGCGAGAGAGAUAGAGAGGGAGAGAAAGAGUAGUCAGGAGUAAUAAACUUCAUCGUUCGGUGCGUGUGUGUAAGUGAAGCCAAGGAUAAUAAAUUACAUAAUUUUCCGGGAGUGCGAGCUUACACAAACCUGUUCUGUCUGCUGCUGAGAAGAACAAGAAGAAGAAGAAGUUGGGAAAAAAGCAACCAGCAAAGCCAUCCAAUCCCGACUUCGUAACACCCGGUGGGAACGACGAUACUCUAACAGGAUCAACAUUUGAUUCCGAAGAUUAUCUAAACUACGUUGGAUUUGAGUUUAGCUUAGGAAGCAAAAAAAAAACACACACAAAAUGGCCUUAAUCAUGAAAUACAUUGACAGUAUGCACCAUUACAUGGACCAUUAUGGAGAUCCCCGGACAAAGGAUUGGCCCCUGAUGUCAUCUCCCUUCCCCACAUUAGCACUAUGUUUAGGAUAUGUUUACUUAGUCAAAGUCCUGGGUCCGAGGCUCAUGGAGAAUCGCAAACCAUUCCAGUUAAGACACACCCUCAUAGCGUACAAUUUCAUCCAAGUCGUAUUCAGUGCCUGGCUGUUCUAUGAGUGUUUGAUGGGCGGCUGGUGGGAUACGUACAGCUUCCGGUGUCAACCAGUGGAUCACGGCACAACCGGUCAACCGAUGAGAAUUGGUUCAUCGGGUUGGCUAACGGGACAUUAUAACUUCCGAUGUCAGCCGGUCGACUAUAGUAACCACCCUAAAACGUUAAGGAUGGUGCACGCAUGUUGGUGGUACUACUUUUCGAAGUUCACCGAGUUCUUCGAUACGUUUUUCUUUGUGAUGCGUAAAAAGACUAGUCAAGUGUCGACGCUGCACGUCAUUCAUCACGGAUGCAUGCCAAUGUCCGUGUGGUUCGGCGUAAAGUUCACACCAGGUGGUCACAGUACCUUCUUCGGAUUGCUCAAUACAUUCGUACAUAUCGUUAUGUACACGUACUAUCUAUUUACGGCGCUAGGACCACAGUUCCAGAAGUACCUCUGGUGGAAAAAGUAUCUAACUACCCUACAGAUGAUUCAAUUUGUCGCAAUCAUGGUGCACGCCUUCCAACUGCUGUUCAUCGACUGCAACUACCCGAAAGCAUUCGUCUGGUGGAUCGGAAUGCACGCCGUAAUGUUCUUCUUCCUGUUCAACGAGUUCUACCAGAGCACGUACAAAGCGAACAAGGAGAGAAGAGAACGCGAGGCCGCGGCAGCUAAGAAGAAACAGGAAGACGCACUGCUGAAUGGCAGUGCCACCACGAACGGAAGUCUCUCGUCCAACGGCAGUGCCGUACCCGCCGCCACCGCCACCAACGGACACCUGCACGGGAAGAACGGCGCGGUCCACCAUCAUCACAAUCAUCACCAUAACCAUAGCAACGGUAGCAUCACCAGUAACGGCGGAGGAUCGUUACUGUCCAACGGUGGUGCCAAAGCUGCCACCGAUUUCUACGUGCGGGGUGAUCUCCCGGCCGAGAUCGAAAUCACGCAACGACAGCCCAGCAGCCGCAAUCCGGUCCAAUAAUAGCGAAUUAAAUCACCUUCCCUUCCAUAAGCCCCAUUUCUGUCCCUUCCUCCUCCAGACUCACAAACUGCUUCCCUCGGGUAGUCACAGAGCUAGAACCGUUCUCCCACACGCACCCACACACACAUACCCAGCUGUUUCUAUUGUUAUUAUUAAUUAAUUUAUUGUAAAACCUCUUCACUUUUACACAGCCCCACACUCACACAUCACUGUUGUUUUUUUUGUGUUUCGUCAUGGUGCAAAAAAAAAACUAUUUCCGAUUUUGUUAAGAGCAAAAAACAAAUCAAAAAAACUGUUCUCCCUCCGAAAACAAAUGUAUAUGUCUCUCGCACAUACACACACACACACACAUUGGCACCAAGACUAAAACUGUACCACCCUUUUGUCCUCCUCUACACAACACCACCACCACCACCACAACAACCCAUCCCAAUAGGAAUAAAUUGUACUUGGAUCAAGAUAAGAAAUUAUUUCGUAGUUGCCUAGACGAGAGUGCGAGAGAAUGAGAAUCAGACAACAACCAGCCCAAUUUUUUUUAAAUUCUAUUUUUUUCCCUGUUUUUGUUUCUGUCAACGAGGAAAACAAAAAAACAUUCGAACACAGUCAGUCAGUGGUGAAACGGCGGAAACAAGUCUUUUAAACCGAAUAAUAAAAGCACAUUGUUUCAAUGUGUUGAGAGAGGAAGAGAACAACAACAACAACAACUAUUGAGUAUAAUAAUGCAGAAAACAAUCAAACAAAACGAGUAGCGGUGAAAACAAUAAAAAACUAAGCACAUGUUAGAAGAGUCAUAAA